GAGUAUUAAAAGACGACUGCUGUGUUUUUGCGGACGUCAGGAACUCCCACAGUUGAGAAAUAGCAAUGUCGGCUGGAUCACGGGGAACGAGGAGGAUGGCUGCUGUUGCGUUGCGGCCAUCUAAUUUCUCUGUAUGCAGAGGCUGUCAGGAGUCACUCACCAUCACCCGCCGCGACUAUGCAUCAGCAGCAUCCACAGUCAUCGGCGGCGGAUCAGGCGACAUCUCCAAAGCCGAGAUUCCUCUUCCUUCCAGCUCCGAAGCCUCAUCAACGUCUCCAUCCUACGACAUCAAAGCAGGCGUUGUCCUUUCUCGCCCGCCUCAAAUAACUCGUGACUUGACCCCCUUUGAAAAAUCAUUCUACUUUUACCAGAAACGUCUCAAUGAGCGGCUUGCGCUACCCUUUACGCGAUAUUUUUACUUCAAACGCGGUACACCUGCCGAUGAGGAUUGGAAGAGGAAAUUCAGAGAACGGCUAACCCCUUCUCGCGACAUUGGUAAAUACAAUGCCUAUUCACCCGAGGCAUGGAAUGAUGAGUUGCUUGUGGGCGCUGUUGAAUCCGAACCAGAGCAUCAGGUAGAAAUGCUUCUACGAGAUGCAGAGCUUGUCACUACUGCUUCGUCGGAAGGGGCAACGACUAAAAAAGUAGAGAUUGAGCGUCCGGCAUUUCGAGUCACGGAGGCGGAUAAGAAGAAUGAUCAGAAGAGUUUGGAUAGGUUGUUGCAGCGGACGUUGUAUUUGCUUGUGAAGACGAAGCAGGGAUAUUGGAAGUUUCCUAGUUCAUCGGUGGGUUUGAAUGAGAAUUUGCGCUCGGCUGCGGAACGUACCCUCUCCGAAACCGCAGGCGUCAACAUGAACACCUGGUUCGUCGGCUUCCAUCCAAUCGGUCACUACUCGUAUAUAUUCAAGACGCCCAAACCCGACCAAGGCACCAAGGAACUCAUUGCUGGCGAAAAGACCUUUUUCCUAAAGAGUCGUAUUAUGGCCGGUCAGGCUGAUCUACAGGCCAAUACACUGGAUAUUGCGGACUUUAAGUGGCUCGCAAAGGAAGAGAUUCAGAGGUUUGUCUUGCCGCAAUAUUAUAGCAGUGUUAAGAAUAUGCUUGCGGACCGGUAAUUGGUCUCGCUCGCUGUUUUUGAGUCUGUUUGCUUGUUGUUUCACUUCUUGUAGUAUAGCAGGAGAGAACGGUUUGGGUUUUGUUGGUGCAUGUAAAUUAGAAUUUAAUAUACCAGAUGAAUCUGACUCUGCUUGGGUUCUA